AUGGAAAACGUUACUCUCUAUUUCCCCUACCCCCAAUCCCUCCCCAUAUCCCCAUUUCCAAGCCACUCCCGUCACUCCCCUUCCCUCCGCCCCUCCCCGAUUCCUCUUUCCCCAGGGACUCCUCAUAUCCCCUUCCCUCCCCCUUACACGCGUCACACCUCAUAUCAUGUGUCCCAUGUCCCUCCCCAAUUCCCCGUUUCCCAUUCACUCCCCAUUUCCGCGUUUCGGAGUCACCGCUGUGUUUCCCCUUCCCUUAAACCCGCCCCAUAUCCCCGUUUCUCAGUCACUCCCCAAUUCCCAAUCCCUCUGACUCUCCCCCUUUCACUUACGUGCGUCACGCCCCAUUCCCUCACCCCUCCGUCCCUGUUCACUCCCUUUUUUCCAAAGUCACCCCUCGUAACUAGUCCCUCCGUCCCUCCUCAUUUUGGCCCCCCUCCGACCCUCCCCAUUUUCCCUUCCUUCCAUCCCGGCCCAUUUCCCCAUCCCUCACUCCCUCCCCAUUUUCCCUUCCCUCCAUCCCUCUCCAUUUUGCCGUUCCUCUGUCCCUCACCCUUUUGCACCACACACACCGCCGUCCCUCCCCAUUUUGCCUUCCCUCUGUCCCUCCCCAUUUCCCCUACCCUCUGUCACUCCCAUUGCCCCUCCUCUAUGUCCCUCCACAUUACCCCUUCUCUCUGUCACUCCCUGUUUCCCUUUCCCAUACUUUCCAUGUUACCCCUUCCCUCUGAACCUCCCCAUUCCCCCUCCCUCUUUCCUUCCCCAAUUCCCCUUCCCUCUGUCCCUUCCCAUUGCCACUUCCCUCUGUCACUCCCAUUACCGCUUCCCACUGUCCCUCCCCAUUUCCACUGCCCUCUAUCCUUUCCUAUCUACUCUCCUCUUUCUCACUCCCAUUUCCCCUUCCCUUUGUCUCUCCCAUUUCCCCUGCCACCUGUCCCUCCCAUUUCACAUCCCCCCUGUCCCUCCACCCGCCACUUCCCUCUGUCCGUCCCAAUCUGUCCUUCCGGAUUUCCCCAUCCCUCUGUGCCUCCCCAUCUCCCUCCCCUCUGUCCCUCCCCAUCUCCCUCCCCUCUGUCCCUCCCCAUCUCCCUCCCCUCUGUCCCUCCCAUAUCUCACCACUCUGUCCCUCCCCAUAUCCCACCCCUCGUCCCUCAACAUAUCCCACCCCUCUGUCCCUCACCAUAUCCCUUCCCUAUGUCCCUCCCCAUAUCCUUCUCUCUGUCACUCCCCAUUUUCCUCUCCCAACACUCCAUGUUACCCCUUCCCUCUGUGUACCUGGUGUGUGCCUUGUGUUCACCUGUGCGCCCCCACCUACCUUGCUCAUUCCCUCACACCCAUCACGCUCCUCUUCACAACCUUCCCACAUCACCCAUCCUCUUCACACCCUUUCGAUGCUUGAAAGAGGGGUUGAUCGGCAUUGGGGCUCAUGCAAUGUCGCCCUCGCACACACCCUCGCUUGCCCUCCCUAAUUUGCCAACCACCCUAUGCCCAAUGUGUCUGCCCCAGGCCAUCCGUGCGAAGGGACAUCAGCAGCCCGGCCCGGCCCAGCCUCCCCAUUUCCCCCUUUCUCUGACCUCCCCAUUUCCCCUUCCUGUACAAAUUCAAUUCCCCUUGCCCCUGUCACUCCCAAUUUCCCCUUCCCUCUGUCCCUUCCCCAUUUCCCCUUCCCUCUGUCCCUUCCCAAUUUCCCCUUCCCUCUGUCCCUUCCCCAUUUCCCCUUCCCUCUGUCCCUUCCCCAUCUCCCCUUCCCUCUGUCCCUUCCCCAUUUCCCCUCCCCUCUGUCCCUUCCCCAUUUCCCCACCCCUCAGUCCCUCAGCAUUUCCCCUUGUCCUGUCACACCGCUUAUCCCCUUCCCCCUGUCCCUCCCCAUUUCUCCUACCCUCUGUCCCUCCCAUUUUCCCUUCCAAUACCAGCCCAAGUCCCCUUGUCCCUGUCACUCCCCAUAUCCCCAGUCCCCUGUCACUCCAUGUUUCCCCUUCCCCUAAUCCCUCAGCAUUUCCCCUUGUCCUGUCACUCCCCUUAUCCCCUUCCCCCUGUCCCUCUCAGGCACCCAUUUUCUCUCCCCAUGUUCCCUUCCAGUACCAGCCCAUGUCCCCUUGUCCUGGUCACUCCCCAUGUCCCCUUCCCCCCUGUCACUCCAUUUUCCCCUUCCCCCAGUCCCUCAGCAUUUCCCCUUGUCCUGUCACUCCCCUUAUCCCCUUCCCCCUUCCCCCAGCAUUUCCCCUCGUCUUGACAAUCCCCUUAUCCCCUUACCCCUGUCCCUCCCCAUUUCCCCAUUUCUCUGACCUUCCCCAUGUUCCCUUCCAGUACCAGCCCAUGUCCCCUUGUCCCGCAUUUCCCCUUGUCCUGUCACUCCCCUUAUCCCCUUCCCCCUGUCCCUCCCCGUUUCCCCUUUUCUCUGACCUUCCCCAUGUUCCCUUCCUGUACCAGCCCAAGUCCCCUUGUCCCUGUCACUCCCCAUUUCUUCCUUCCCCUGCCACUCCGUGUUUCCCCUCCCCCCAGUCCCCCAGCAUUUCCCCUCGUCUUGACAAUCCCCUUAUCCCCUUACCCCUGUCCCUCCCCAUUUCCCCAUUUCUCACACCUCCACCCAACCCCGCUGCUAUGACUCUCACUGCUGAAAAACUUUCACCCCUCCGGCGAUCUACGUUUCCUGAUGCGAUGCUUCUAGGUCGUCCUCCUGGCAGGGAGGAUGUGGGAAGGGGGGAGCAGGAGCAGGAUGGGGGAAGAGGCAAAGAAGAAGCAAAGCAGGCAGGGAAGGGGAUGGGGGGAUGCAGGGCAGGGGAUGGGGGGAAGCAGGCAUUGGGAUGGUGGGAAGCAGGGAUGGGGAUGGGGGGAAGCAGGGCAGGGGAUGGGGGGAAGCAGGGCAGGGGAUGGGGGGAAGCAGGGCAGGGAUGGGGGGAAGCAGGGCAGGGGAUGGGGGGAAGCAGGGCAGGGGAUGGGGGGAAGCAGGGCAGGGGAUGGGGGGAAGCAGGGCAGGGGAUGGGGGGAAGCAGGGCAGGGGAUGGGGGGAAGCAGGGCAGGGGAUGGGGGGAAGCAGGGCAGGGGAUGGGGGGAAGCAGGGCAGGGGAUGGGGGGAAGCAGGGCAGGGGAUGGGGGGAAGCAGGGCAGGGGAUGGGGGGAAGCAGGGCAGGGGAUGGGGGGAAGCAGGGCAGGGGAUGGGGGGAAGCAGGGCAGGGGAUGGGGGGAAGCAGGGCAGGGGAUGGGGGGAAGCAGGGCAGGGGAUGGGGGGAAGCAGGGCAGGGGAUGGGGGGAAGCAGGGCAGGGGAUGGGGGGAAGCAGGGCAGGGGAUGGGGGGAAGCAGGGCAGGGGAUGGGGGGAAGCAGGGCAGGGGAUGGGGGGAAGCAGGGCAGGGGAUGGGGGGAAGCAGGGCAGGGGAUGGGGGGAAGCAGGGCAGGGGAUGGGGGGAAGCAGGGCAGGGGAUGGGGGGAAGCAGGGCAGGGGAUGGGGGGAAGCAGGGCAGGGGAUGGGGGGAAGCAGGGCAGGGGAUGGGGGGAAGCAGGGCAGGGGAUGGGGGGAAGCAGGGCAGGGGAUGGGGGGAAGCAGGGCAGGGGAUGGGGGGAAGCAGGGCAGGGGAUGGGGGGAAGCAGGGCAGGGGAUGGGGGGAAGCAGGGCAGGGGAUGGGGGGAAGCAGGGCAGGGGAUGGGGGGAAGCAGGGCAGGGGAUGGGGGGAAGCAGGGCAGGGGAUGGGGGGAAGCAGGGCAGGGGAUGGGGGAAGCAGGGCAGGGGAUGGGGGGAAGCAGGGCAGGGGAUGGGGGGGAAGCAGGGCAGGGGAUGGGGGGAAGCAGGGCAGGGGAUGGGGGAAGCAGGGCAGGGGAUGGGGGGAAGCAGGGCAGGGGAUGGGGGGAAGCAGGGCAGGGGAUGGGGGGAAGCAGGGCAGGGGAUGGGGGGAAGCAGGGCAGGGGAUGGGGGGAAGCAGGGCAGGGGAUGGGGGGAAGCAGGGCAGGGGAUGGGGGGAAGCAGGGCAGGGGAUGGGGGGAAGCAGGGCAGGGGAUGGGGGGAAGCAGGGCAGGGGAUGGGGGGAAGCAGGGCAGGGGAUGGGGGGAAGCAGGGCAGGGGAUGGGGGGAAGCAGGGCAGGGGAUGGGGGGAAGCAGGGCAGGGGAUGGGGGGAAGCAGGGCAGGGGAUGGGGGGAAGCAGGGCAGGGGAUGGGGGGAAGCAGGGCAGGGGAUGGGGGGAAGCAGGGCAGGGGAUGGGGGGAAGCAGGGCAGGGGAUGGGGGAAGCAGGGCAGGGGAUGGGGGGAAGCAGGGCAGGGGAUGGGGGGAAGCAGGGCAGGGGAUGGGGGAAGCAGGGCAGGGGAUGGGGGGAAGCAGGGCAGGGGAUGGGGGGAAGCAGGGCAGGGGAUGGGGGGAAGCAGGGCAGGGGAUGGGGGGAAGCAGGGCAGGGGAUGGGGGGAAGCAGGGCAGGGGAUGGGGGGAAGCAGGGCAGGGGAUGGGGGGAAGCAGGGCAGGGGAUGGGGGGAAGCAGGGCAGGGGAUGGGGGGGUGUUGGAAGCAGGGCCCCCAACACCCCCUUUUUCAAAUCCCCAUACCGCACACGCCCGUCUUUUCUGCGCCGUGUGUGCAACGUUCCAGUCACGGAUUUCCAUGCUGUCCCCUGCAUCAGGGGGGAGGGAGGGGGGAAGCAGGGCGGAGGGAGGGGGGAAGCAGAGCGGAGGGAGGGGGGAAGUAAGGGGGGAUGGAGGGGGGAAGCAGGGCGGAGGGAGGGCGGAAGCAGGGAGGAGGGAGGGGGGAAGGGGAAGCAGGGAGGAGGAGGGAGGGGGGAAGCAGAGCGGAGGGAGGGGGGAAGCAGGGAGGAGGGAGGGGGGAAGCAGGGAGCAGGGAGGGGGGAAGCAGGGAGGAGGGAGGGGGGAAGCAGAGCGGAGGGAGGGGGGAAGCAGGGCGGAGGGAGGGGGGAAGCAGGGAGGAGGGAGGGGGGAAGCAGGGAGGAGGGAGGGGGGAAGCAGGAAGGAGGGAGGGGGGAAGCAGGAAGGAGGGAGGGGGAAGCAGGAAGGAGGGAGGGGGGAAGCAGGAAGGAGGGAGGGGGGAAGCAGGAAGGAGGGAGGGGGGAAGCAGGAAGGAGGGAGGGGGGAAGCAGGAAGGAGGGAGGGGGGAAGCAGGAAGGAGGGAGGGGGGAAGCUGGAAGGAGGGAGGGGGGAAGCAGGAAGGAGGGAGGGGGGAAGCCGGAGAGGGACAGGAGAAUAGGUUGUAAGGGAGGGACUGAAUAA